AUGACCCAGGAGUACGAGAACAAAAGGCCAGUGUUGGUUCUUCAGAAUGAAACACUCUAUUCACAGCGUCGACCUUACACCAGUGAAGAUGAGGCUUGGAAAUCUUUCCUGGAAAACCCUCUUACUGCAGCCACCAAAGCGAUGAUGAGCAUCAAUGGAGAUGAGGACAGUGCGGCUGCUCUCGGCCUGCUCUAUGACUAUUAUAAGGUUCCCAGAGAGAGAAGAUUAUCCACAGCAAAGCCAGAUGUUGAACACCCUGACCCGGAUCACAACAAAAGAAACAGCAUACCAAAUGUGACUGAACAACCCCUCAUUUCUGCUGGAGAAAACAGAGUGCAAGUUCUGAAAAAUGUGCCAUUUAACAUUGUCCUACCCCAUGGCAACCAACUGGGCAUCGAUAAGAGAGGUCAUCUAACUGCCCCUGACACAACGGUCACUGUAUCCAUAGCGACAAUGCCUACACACUCCAUCAAGACGGAAUCUCAGCCACACAGCUUUGCUGUAGGACUCCCCCCAGCAGUUUAUCACCCUGAACCCACUGAGCGUGUAGUGGUGUUCGACCGCAGUCUUAACCCUGACCAGUUCAGCUCAGGUGCUCAGCCCCCAAAUACUCAGAGGCGUACUCCAGAUUCUACCUUCUCAGAGACCUUCAAGGAAGGCGUGCAAGAGGUUUUCUUUCCUUCGGAUCUCAGUCUGAGGAUGCCUAUGAAUUCAGAGGACUAUGUGUUUGACAGUGUCUCAGGGAACAACUUUGAAUAUACUCUAGAAGCCUCAAAAUCCCUUCGACAGAAGCCAGGAGAUAGCACCAUGACGUAUCUGAACAAGGGCCAGUUUUACCCUGUCACCUUGAAAGACGUGAGCAGCAAUGAAGGAAUUCACCAUCCCAUCAGCAAAGUCCGGAGUGUGAUUAUGGUGGUGUUUGCUGAAGACAAAACUCGGGAAGAUCAGCUAAGGCACUGGAAAUACUGGCACUCCAGGCAGCACACGGCCAAACAAAGAUGCAUUGAUAUAGCUGACUAUAAGGAAAGCUUCAAUACCAUCAGUAACAUUGAGGAGAUUGCCUAUAAUGCCAUUUCUUUCACUUGGGAUAUUAAUGAUGAAGCAAAGGUUUUCAUCUCUGUGAACUGCUUAAGCACAGAUUUCUCCUCUCAGAAGGGUGUGAAGGGGCUGCCCCUUAACAUUCAGAUUGACACGUACAGCUACAAUAACCGAAGCAACAAACCUGUUCACAGGGCUUAUUGCCAGAUUAAAGUCUUCUGUGAUAAGGGAGCUGAACGGAAGAUCAGGGAUGAAGAGCGAAAACAAAGCAAAAGAAAAGGUCUUGAUGUUAAAGUGCCUCUGCUUCCAUCCCACAAAAGAAUGGACAUCACAAUUUUCAAGCCCUUUAUCGAUCUUGACACUCAGCCUGUUCUUUUUAUCCCUGAUGUGCACUUUGCCAACCUUCAACGUGGGGCUCAUGUUCUUCCCAUUGCCUCAGAGGAGCUGGAAGGUGAAGGGUCUAACAUGAAAAGGGGACCAUAUGGAACUGAAGAUGACUUUACCAGCACACCUCCUGCUAAACUGACCAGGAUAGAGGAACCUAAGAGAGUACUGCUCUAUGUUCGAAAGGAGUCAGAGGAGGUUUUUGAUGCACUGAUGCUCAAGACUCCGUCUUUGAAGGGCCUAAUGGAAGCUAUAUCAGAUAAAUAUGAUGUCCCUUAUGAUAAAAUUGGAAAAAUCUUCAAGAAAUGUAAAAAAGGAAUCCUGGUGAACAUGGAUGAUAACAUAGUGAAGCACUAUUCUAAUGAAGACACCUUCCAGUUGCAGAUUGAAGAGGCAGGGGGAUCAUACAAACUUACUCUUACUGAGAUCUAA